GUAACCCGGAAGCACUCUGUUAUUUCAUCAGGCGACAACAUGCUCCCCGGCUGAAAUGAGACAUCCACUGCUGUAGCUUCGCUUUUAUGAGGCCUGUUUGUAACAUCGCUGUUGAAUUAAUCAACUCCAGAGGAGCUCACAGUUCAGCCGCAGCUCUUAGACUCGGAGGAGAGAUGUGUAAAGAGCUGAAGACCAAAGUGCUGCGACUGUUACCGCAGAGCUGCAGCGGGCCGUCUGUCCAUCAGGAGGGCUUCACAGAUGGUGCUGAAGUCCUGAGUUGCACGGUGAAGGCUCUGAAGGAGGGUCAUGUGGUCGCUGUUCCCACAGACACCAUCUAUGGCCUGGCGUGUCUGACCCAGAACUCUGAAGCGGUCAAAAAAAUCUACGACAUCAAAGGACGAAAUGGAAAUAAACCACUGGCCAUCUGCGUCGGAGAAAUCCAGGAUAUCUAUAAGUUCUGUAAAGUGAAGGUGAAGGAGGCGCUGCUAGCCGACCUGCUGCCUGGUCCCGUCACUCUGGUGUUCGAAAGAUCUGAAGUACUCAACACAGAUCUCAACCCCUUUACCUCACUUGUUGGCGUACGUAUCCCAGACCAUGGCUUCAUGAGACGCCUCUGCCAGAUGUGCGCUGAACCACUGGCACUAACCAGCGCCAACAUCAGCUCACACACCAGUACUGUGGAAGUGCAUGAGUUCCAGGAGCUCUGGCCCAAACUCGCAGUGGUGGUGGACGACGGACCAAUAGGAGACCACAGCCGCCUCGGAUCAACAGUGGUGGACCUAUCAGUACUCGGCAAAUACCGCAUCAUCAGACCAGGCUGCGCCCUCUCUUCAACGGUUGAUGUGCUGGAGCACAAAUACGGACUGUCAGAGGACUCGGGGAAGAAUGACCUUGUCUGAACUCUCCACACUCCACAAGCUGAGACGCACAAACAGCGUUGACCCCGGCGGGGGGGGGGGGGGCUUCUCCAGAAUUAUUUUCAUGGUCACAAUCAAAAUGGAUCUUUUGCGGGAAGGACUCAAACUCAGGAAAAACGUGAUGGCAGAUAUUUUUCUGGUGGCUGCUUUAAGGUCUGGAGUAACUUCUCUUCUCUCCAUGAACACAAUUCAUGCCUUGCUUAUUAUGUUGGGGUUUCAGAGUCUCACAUUUCUGGACCAUUCGUUCAGAAAAAGGUCAGUUACAUAGUAUGGGAUUUGAUGGUUGUUCUAUAAAAUAUACACUAUCUUCUUUGUAUUGUCAAAGCUUUGAGGCUAAGAAGAGAAUACAUGAGAUGUAGUUUUUAUUUUAAUAUUUCUAUAAUGAAAGAGGUGUUAAGGCACUUAUUUUAUGGUUUGAAAUAGUCUUUAAUAAAAUAAGGGAUGGGAGAAGUUCUGUGAAUGUCAUGGAUUAUACAUCAAACUUGUUGAGUCUAGAUUUAUUUUGUAUUAACUUAUGAAUCCCCUAUAUUUAUUUGAUCCGCUUGUCAAUCUGACAUUGACAGACUUACACUAUAAUUGGUAUCCUGCUGUUGUAGCUUAAAAUACAUUGCAUUUACCUUGAAAAUACUGUACUAUUUCAUCCUGACUACUGUUGAUUGGCAUGUUGAGCAUAUGGAUAAACAAUAAUACGACUGCCAACUUGCUCAUUUAAAACUUAUUUUUUAGAUUCUCAUCGGCUGACGUUAACUUGUUUUGAUGGAUUGUAAAACCUCGGCAUUGCCACAAUAAAUAUUUUUUGCAGUA